AUGGAGACCACGAUGCCGGAGCCUCUUACCGUCAUCAAGCACCGUUUAUCACAUGACAGCAGGUUUAGCUCGUUAUCGACUUUGUACUCAUAUCCCUCUAUUCCUCUUCGGUCUUCAUCACUCGCUGCUAGCGGGAGUUUUAUUUCGAACAGGCUUGCGACUUCAUUGAGAACGAGGACGCCUUCUUACACCGAUUCCUAUCAGCUUGAGGUGAUGAAGGUUCGGCAGCCUGGUUUGAGUGCCCCGAAGCAGGGUAUUGGCGAGACAGAUGACCCAUUUAUCGAUCGAGGCCCAAAUCUCAUUAUGUCCCCGAGCAAGGACCGAAGAGCCCGGCGUCUCUGUGUUCGCUACAGUACCGGGUCUUAUGACUCUUUGAGGCCCCGUCACUCGUCCAGAUCAACCUCUAGUGAUUCACAACCUCCUACUUUGCGCGAGGUUCGCCGGCCAGAUUUGCCCACGCUUUUCUCUAGCAAUUUUGGCCGACCUGAUCCAAUCUACAUGCGUCCGCUGGAUCUUCCCAUAACCUUCGUCAAUAUGACUUUGAAUGCAAGCGCCUCCAAACUCGGUAUGGGUCCCGUGUCAACCUGGACGACCAUCAAUGUGAGUGCCGAUGUCAGUCCCAUCAACCUCCCCGAAAUUACGGCUCUCGCUCCUCUUGACUUGGUCAUUCUUCUUGACCAUGUACCACAAACGUCGCUCCACCUAGUAACGCAGAUGAUCCUCGGGUCUUCGGUCCUGGCCUCGAAUCUGGUCUUCAACCACGACAGAUUCGCCUUGGCUCGUGUUGACGGUGAUGCAACGUAUGGUUUUGAGCUGCUUCUGCCGUUAGGGUUCCAUCCUUUCGAAGUGUCUCAAUCUGUCUUGGAAGCCUUCUCACGCGAGCGCGUGAAUGUCAGCCGCAAGAAGGCGGCCGACUUGGGCCAUGCCAUCCGCCAGCUCUCUCUAAUUUUUCGUGUCUCCCCCAGAUCUGCUUUCUGUCAUAUGGUGUUCGUUUCUGCGACGCCUCCGGAGCGCCUGUCGAUGCCUCUGAUUGACGAGGGAAUUGGGUUCCAUACUGUCGCGCCCCAGCAGUGCCUGCCCUUAGAAAACCCAACACAUCCACCUGGCUGGCACAUUUCCUAUAGCCCCAGCACAGACAACCCGGAAACUCAGGAAAUACAUUUCAUGCGCAAGGUUUCCAAAAUCGUUCACCAACUUCGCACUGGAAUCAACCCGGGAGGCAUUUCUGAUCUGAGACUUUCUCUCAGUCCCGGAUUUGCCUGCCAGAUUCUGUCAAUCAUUGACGGUUGCCAUCUGCCAUUCUUACGGCCGGGGGAGACAUGGACUGUUCCUGUUCAGGUGGGCAUGGCAGCCAGCAACUCGUGGCAUACAUCUCCGAUAUAUCGGGACGCCAGAUAUCGAGGUCAUCAUUCAAUCAUUACCGAUGCGUUGAUAGUCGAGAUCAACGCUUUGUUGAAGGAGAGCUCCGCUGCAGAGAUUAGCCAGCAUAUCUUGACUGCUUGCCUUUAUUACAGACAUGUGUUGCUACCAGCGUCCAACACCGUUCACUUGGAAAGUCACUGCUCAGUCUUUCGAAACGAGUCCGCCGCACCGAUUGCAUCAUGGGAUCGUGAGGAAUUUGCAAUGCCGUCAGAGCAGGAUGAUAUAGCCAGUAUCAGUUUGGGCACGGAAGAGAGUAUUUGA